AUGGCCUCUCGGAACGUGGCCUACAAAGAACUAGUGCAGGGUCGCAGGAAGUCCUCUGAAGCGAUGAGUCCUUUGCCACCCGACGCCGGUCUUGCUGACCCUGAGGAGCAGCAGCCCGGCUGCUCCAAAGUGGCCAAGAUUAAGAAGAGGAAAAGGCGGCCGCAGGACGACGAUGAUCACGAGCAGGGUGGCGCGGAGGCUGAGCCCAAGGCGAUGAGGGCCAAGUCUCGCUCGCACGACUCCAAGGCAGAACUCAAGAAGAAAGACCUCGACCAGCAGAAACAGGGUGCUGACGGUGCCGAUAAGAAGGCCGAGUCGAUGAGCGACCAGGCAGGCACCAGCGCAGCGAACGCGUCCAAGAAAGUGGUCACUGACAUUUGGAUCAACCCCAAGGAAACGGUCAGCUGGAACCUCGAUUCCCUUGUCACGCUCAACGUGCUCGGUAGGGGCAGUUUCGGCAUAGUCUACUUGGUGCGCCACCGCGUCAACAGGCAGCUGGCAGCGCUCAAGUACAUCCGAAAGAAGAACCAGAACCCAGAAAAGGAAAGAAAGCGGGUCGAAGUAGAAAAAUCUGUCUGGGAGGCCGUCACGGACCACCCUUACGUGGUCACAUUUCGGGCCUACUUCGAGACAGCUAAAGGCUGGUGCUUCGUGAUGGAAUACCUACCCGAGGGCUCUAUCCGCGACCUGGUGCGCAAGAAGGGCCCCUUCAAGGAGGAGACGGCACGCCUGCUCUCGGCUCAGGUUGCUCUGGCCAUCCAGCACGUGCACGAAAAAGGGUACCUGCACCGUGACAUCAGUUCUUCGAACGUGCUGAUAGACAGCAGAGGAAACGCCAAGCUCAUCGACUUCGGACUCAGUCAGAUUGGCACUGAAGCCUGGUGUCGGUGUGGCUCUUUGGCCUACAUGGCACCAGAAGUCAUUAGACAGGAACUGUAUGGCAUGUCCGCCGAUUGGUGGUCUUUUGGCAUAGUGCUCUUCGUGAUGCUCGUCGGCAAAACACCGCUGGCCAUCUACGCCUCCGAGAAAGGCGUCGACCUGCACCUGGCAAGGCGGGACAUCCGCUAUCGGCUGGCCUUGAUUGCACCAUUGAAAAUUCCGAGGACUUUGUCGAGGUCUGCACAAACGCUGCUCAGAGAAAUCCUAAAAGAGAAUCCCAAAAGGAGGCUGGGAUGCAGACCCGAAGGAGGAUUCGACGACCUCAUGAAGAACCCGUUCUACGCCCCCAUCGACUGGUCAGAGGUCUCCUGCGGCUCUCUGCCUAGCACGACGAGAGAGGAGGGCUCUAACCUGUCAACAUAACGACCCCGAUGCCUUGGACCAGACUGUGCAAUAAAAAAUUUGGCACCCGCAA